UUCUGCGGCCACAAAAUAAUACCACAGAUGAGAAGAAGUUCACUCCACUUAGAAUUGUGAACCUUGUAAGUUGCAGAAUAAGUUUAUUAAUUAUCUACGUACCCAGAUCUGUUUCCCAUGGAGAACAUCCGCUUCAUCUCUACAACUUAUGUUCAACCCAAAAACCAAAUUAGUCAGUAUACUAAAAUUGAAUUAACUCCAUGUGAUGUUCAAUUAUUGCUACUAGAUACGAUCCAAAAAGGCCUUCUCUUCCACAAACCCGAACCCGAUCACGAAGAAGACCUCAACGACAAGCAGAGGUUGAAGCUGAUUGAGCACCUGAAAGCCUCCUUCUCACUCACAUUGGACAUCUUCUACCCACUUGCUGGACGUCUGGCCGUCACCGAAAAUGACGACGACAACACGGUCUCGUUCUCCGUGGACUGCAAUGGAGCUGGAGCCCAAUUUGUCCAUGCAGCCGCGGAUGGUGUCACCGUGGCCAAUAUCCUCGACCCUGUUUAUGUUCCGGAUAGCAUCGUCUACUCUUUCUUUUUGAUGAAUGGUGCAGUAAACUACGAAGGUAAGUCCAAACCCUUGCUCGCGGUGCAAGUAACUGAGCUCGUUGAUGGCAUUUUCAUUGGUUUGACUAUGAACCACACUGCUGGUGAUGGUACAUGCUUCUGGAAUUUCUUCAACACUUGGUCCGAAAUCUCUCGAUCAGGAACUUCCAGAGUGGCUAAGCCCAUUUUCGGCCGUGAGUUUCUUGAUGGAAUCAUCCGUCUCCCGAUUCGAAUUCCCUUCUUCCAAUAUCAAAACCCGGAAGAGAAAGUUGUGCCACCAACGGAACCGCUUCAGCAGAGAGUUUUCCAUUUUCGAAAGGAAAAGAUUGCGGAGCUUAAAUCCAAAGCCAAUGCGCAGAUGGGCACUGGCAGGAUCUCUUCCCUUCAAGCACUCAUGGGCCAUCUUUGGGUAUCCAUAACCCGAACCCGACGUCUCAUUUCCAGUAGUACUGAUGAUGAAGAAAGUCAAGAAAUAACGAAGUACGCGGUAUUAGUAGGCAUGAGGCAGAGACUACACCCUCCAUUGUCCGAUCAAUACCUUGGAAAUGCGGUUCUAAUUGGCACCGCAACAUCCAAUGUAGGCGAACUGCUUCAGGGUGGACUAGGCUGCGCCGCUAUGGAACUGAACAAGAUGAUAGCUUUACAGACAAAACAAUUAGAAGCGAAGAAGUUCUUCGAGGGCUUUGUUGAGCAUCCUAGUCUGGUAACAAGAAUUGUGGUGAUAAGUAACUUGUUGGGUACGGGAAGCUCACCACGGUUUGAUGUGUACGGUAAUGACUUUGGUUGGGGGAGGCCCGUGGCGGUUCGAAGCGGCUCCGGUAACAAAUUUGAUGGGAAGUUAACUGUGUUUGCUGGGGCUGAAGAAGGAAGCAUUGAUUUUGAGGUGUGCCUUUCGACUCAGACUCUACAAGCUUUGGCGGAGGAUGCAGAGUUCAUGGAGAGUGUGGCUGUGUGAAUUAUUAUUAGGUAAAAACACUUUUAUAUUUGAAAAGUUCAGGUACUUAAUUAUUAA